CCUUUAAUUUCAGCACGGGGGAGGCAGAGGCAGGUGGAUAUCUGUGAAUUCAAGACCAGCCUAGUCCACAGAGUAAAGCCUUAACAGCCAGGACUACAUAGUGAGACUCUGUCUCAAACCAUGCCCUGUCCCCAUUAUAAAGAAGAUUUAUUUUAUGCAUGUAUAUCAUGACGUGCAUGCCUGGUGCUUUCGAGGUCAGACAAGGGCAUUGGAUCCCCUGAAAGUGGAGUUAGGAAUGUUGGCAUGAGCCAUGUAGAUGCUGGGAGCCAAACCCCAGUCCUCUACAAGAGCAAGCAGUAAGUGCCCACUGGUGACUUUUUAAAGCUCUGUUUGUUUGUUUGUUUGGUGGUGGUGGUUUUUGAGACAGUCUCUCUGCAGAGCCCUCGGUGGAACUUGCAAUGAAGACCAGGCUGGUCUCGAACUCAAAGAGAUCCACUUGCCUGCUUCUGAGUGCUAGGGUUAAAGUUGUGAAACUUUUUUUAAACUACAUUUAGCAUUUAGAGUGUGUGUGUGUGUGUGUGUGUGUGUGUGUGUGUCUUUAGAGGUCAGAGGGCACUCGCAGGAGUCACUCUGCCUCCACUCUGAGUUUCUAGGCCAGCAUCUUUGCUCCUCGAGCCGUCUCUGCAGCCUGGAGUCUGGUGACAGAAGUCUGGUGACAGAGUCUGGUGACAGAAGUCUGGUGACCCUGAACAGAAGAGAAGUUCAUUCCCAGGGAAGGGACAGAGGUCAGCUGUGUCCGUCUGGCACGUGAGAGGUCGGUCAAGGAGGCCAGAGAGCAAGUUGGAGAAGGAGGAGCAGAUCCACAGUGUGGACAUUGGCAAUGAUGGCUCGGCCUUUGUGGAGGUGCUAGUGGGCAGCUCGGCUGGAGGGGCCACAGCUGGUGAACAGGACUAUGAGGUCCUUCUGGUCACCUCCUCUUUCAUGUCCCCCUCUGAGAGCCGAAGUGGCUCAAAUCCCAACCGUGUUCGCAUUUUUGGACCUGACAAGUUAGUCCGGGCAGCAGCGGAGAAGCGCUGGGACCGUGUUAAAAUUGUGUGCAGCCAGCCAUACAGCAAGGACUCGCCAUACGGCCUGAGUUUUGUGAAGUUUCACAGCCCUCCUGACAAAGAUGAGGCAGAGGCUACAUCUCAGAAGGUGACAGUGACCAAGCUCGGCCAGUUUCGUGUGAAAGAGGAGGAUGACAGUGCCAACUCCCUGAAGCCAGGGGCUCUCUUCUUCAGUCGUAUCAACAAGACGUCAUCAGCCUCUACGAGUGACCCAGCAGGACCCAGCUAUGCAGCAGCUACACUGCAGGCCUCUAGUGCAGCCUCCUCAGCCUCUCCAGUCCCCAAGGUUGUGGGCAGCUCUUCCAAGCCUCAGGAGCCUCCCAAAGGGAAGAGAAAACUGGACUUGAGUCUAGAAGACAGGAAACCUCCCAGCAAACCCUCGGCAGGGCCAUCCACCCUCAAGAGACCCAAAUUGUCUGUCCCUAGUCGUACUCCAGCUGCAGCUCCAGCCUCUACCCCAGCACAGAGAGCCGUCCCAGGGAAGCCCCGGGGAGAAGGCACAGAGCCUAGGGGGGCUCGCACUGGACCCCAAGAGCUUGGCAAGAUCCUGCAAGGGGUGGUGGUGGUGCUCAGUGGCUUCCAGAACCCCUUCCGCUCAGAGCUCCGGGACAAGGCCCUGGAACUGGGGGCCAAGUAUCGGCCAGACUGGACCCCAGACAGCACACAUCUCAUCUGUGCCUUUGCCAACACUCCCAAAUACAGCCAGGUCCUGGGCCUUGGAGGCCGGAUUGUGCGUAAAGAGUGGGUGCUGGACUGUCACCACAUGCGGCGCCGGCUGCCCUCCCGGAGGUACCUCAUGGCAGGCCUUGGAUCCAGCAGUGAGGACGAAGGGGACUCUCACAGUGAGAGCGGCGAAGACGAAGCUCCCAAGCUUCCCCAAAAGCGGCCCCAGCCCAAAGCCAAGACCCAGGCAGCAGGACCCAGCUCACCCCCGAGGCCACCAACCCCAAAAGAGACCAAAGCACCGUCACCAGGACCCCAGGACAAUAGUGACACUGAGGGGGAAGAGUCAGAAGGACGGGACAACGGGGCAGAAGAUUCUGGGGACACCGAGGAUGAACUGAGGAGGGUGGCCAAACAGAGGGAACAAAGGCAGCCCCCAGCCCCAGAGGAGAAUGGCGAGGACCCGUAUGCAGGCUCCACAGAUGAGAACACAGACAGUGAGACCCCCUCAGAGGCUGACCUGCCAAUCCCAGAGCUCCCAGACUUCUUCGAGGGCAAACACUUCUUCCUGUAUGGCGAGUUCCCUGGGGAUGAGAGGAGGAGGCUCAUCCGCUACGUGACCGCUUUCAAUGGCGAGCUCGAGGACUAUAUGAAUGAGCGGGUCCAGUUCGUCAUCACGGCCCAGGAGUGGGACCCCAACUUUGAGGAGGCCCUGAUGGAAAACCCUUCCCUGGCCUUCGUGCGGCCCCGGUGGAUCUACAGUUGUAAUGAGAAGCAGAAGUUACUCCCCCAUCAGCUCUAUGGGGUGGUGCCCCAGGCCUGAGUGUACACCUGUGUACGUGCAGAUGUGCACAUGUAUGCACAGGCCUGAGUGCACACGUGUGUACACACAAGAGUUUAAUAAAGGAGACUUUGUUUGAAGC